AUCCCGGCGGGCCGCGCGCGCGGCCGCGUUUGAAUGGCCCUGAGUGGGACUGGGCCCAGAAGCCGAGGGACGCUCUAGGCUGUCGGGCGCUGAUCGUCAGCGCCGAGGCUGGGCUGAGGCGCCGCGGUACCAUGAGGCGCCGUGGUUAUAAACUGUUUUCAGCUUCAAGAUUCUUGAGAGAUAACUACACAUACCCUUGGCCAUAGUGGGAAUGACUGUGUAGUAGUAACUGGAGGAGAAAGUUUCUUUGUACACAACUAUGCUUUGAUUUUCAAGAGGAGGAAUGAAAUUGCCUCGUGAAAUUACAGAGUUAAAUACAGUGUACUUAAGAGAUUAUGGCAUUGGAAACCCACAAUGUUAAAAAACGGAACUUUUGUAAUAAAAUUGAGGAUCAUUUCAUUGAUCUUCCUAGAAAAAAGAUCUCUAAUUUCACUAAUAAGAACAUGAAGGAGAAAACCAAGCAGAACAGCUAUACCAAGACAUGUGAAAGAAGUUUGAAGAGGAAGACCUGUAAAAUUCAAAAGGGGGAAAUUGUUAAGAAAUCUCCAAAACAGUUGGCUGCUUACAUAAAUAGAACAGUUGGACAAACUGUGAAAAGCCCAGAUAAACUUCGUAAAGUGAUCUAUCGCAGAAAGAAAGUUCAUCAUCCCUUUCCAAAUCCUUGUUACAGAAAAAAACAGUCCCCUGGAAGUGGGGGCUGUGACAUGGCAAAUAAAGAAAAUGAACUGGCUUGUGCAGGCCACCUGCCUGAAAAAUUACACCAUGAUAGUCGAACAUAUUUGGUUAACUCCAGUGAUUCUGGUUCUUCACAGACAGAAAGCCCAUCAUCAAAAUAUAGUGGGUUUUUUUCCGAGGUUUCUCAGGACCAUGAAACAAUGGCCCAAGUUUUGUUCAGCAGGAAUAUGAGAUUGAAUGUAGCUUUAACUUUCUGGAGAAAGAGAAGUAUAAGUGAACUUGUAGCUUAUUUGUUGAGGAUAGAAGAUCUUGGCGUUGUGGUAGAUUGCCUUCCUGUGCUCACCAAUUGUUUACAGGAAGAAAAACAAUAUAUCUCACUUGGCUGCUGUGUAGACUUGUUGCCUCUAGUAAAGUCACUACUUAAAAGCAAAUUUGAAGAAUAUGUUAUAGUUGGUUUAAACUGGCUUCAAGCAGUCAUUAAAAGGUGGUGGUCAGAACUAUCAUCCAAAACAGAAAUUAUAAAUGAUGGAAAUAUUCAAAUUUUAAAACAACAAUUAAGUGGAUUAUGGGAACAGGAAAACCAUCUUACUUUGGUUCCAGGAUAUACUGGUAAUAUAGCUAAGGUCCUCUGCGUGUAACUGUGACCUUGGCAGCAAGCGCAGGAAUUGGCCAUUGAACAUGUUUCAUGUACAGCCCCUGAAAUGCUAUGCUAGAGGAUAUUUACAGAGGGUUUUAAUCAGAGAAAAGUAUUUGAAAAAAUUUUGAGAAUCCAGUAAGGACAGCAUCAGAAAACAAGAUGAGGAACUCAGGAAACAAGAGAUAAGGAACAUAAUUAAAUGGUUUUGGAGAUUAAGUUUUACUUUUGCUAAUAAUGUUAUGCUUUUUGAGAAGGUAAACUAUUUAAAUCACAGUGAAUUUGACUUUGGUCUUUAUUGAUUUGUCUCGUAAAGGAAAAAGGAAAAAUUGCUAGUUUGAAUUUUAAUAUUUAAACUCCAGAAAACAUUGGUAGUUAGGUCGGGCACAGUGGCUUACACCUUGUAAUCCUAGCACUUAGGGAGGCCAAGGCAAGCAGAUCACCUGAGGUCAGGAGUUCGAGACCAGCCUGGUUGGUGAAAACCCGUUUCUACUAAAAAUACAAAAAAUUACCUGAGUGUGAUGGCGCGUGCCUGUGAUCCCAGCUACUCGGGAGGCUGAGGCAGGAGAAUCACUUGAACCCGGGAGGCGGAGGUUGUGGUGAGCCGAGAUCGCGCCAUUGCAUUCCAGUUUGGGCAACAGAGUGAAACUCCAUCUCAAAAAAAAAAAAAAAGAAAAAGAAAAAACAUUGGUAGUUAAAAAUUAAUUGAAGAAAAAAUUGUCAUUAAGAAAUACUUUUAGUCUAUUACUAGGCAUACUGCUAUCAUAAAUGGGCAUUAGCCAGGAAUAUAAAAAGCAUUCUUUGGUUUUAAAUAUAUAUAUAUAUAUAUAUAUAUAUAUAUAUAUAUAUUUCUAAAUAAGAGAAUUUAUGUCAUGGACUUAGUUAUAAAAUUUUUCUCGGAGACAAAACAACUUCUUAGAAUUCCAGGGGAAGAAAAUACAAUGCUAAGAGAAACAGAGGCUUGGGCAAACCUAGGUAGCCUUGAGGGAUAAUCUGGCUUCUACUCCAAGAUCAUAAGUUCAGAUCUUACAGGAGACAGAAGCUUUCAGGGAAUUAAUGUAGCUGAGGGAAGAAAAGCAAAUGAGAGUGAUACCAACAGUGACCAACCAGAAGCUUAUCUCCUGUCAAAGUGACAGCCACAAAGGAGCUCUGGCCAUUGCUAUGGAAGACCAUGGCCCCUCUCCCCCCCAAAAAAAUUUCUCAGAUACCUUCAAAAAAAAGAAGCAAAAUGAUAUAUCAACCAAGUUUGUUACCACUAUGUGGGAUUUUACUCUAUAGAAUUCUUUUUUUCUUUUUUUUUUUUUUGAGAUGGAGUCUCGCUCUGUCGCCCAGGCUGGAGUGCGGUGGCGCAAUCUCGGCUCACUACAAGCUCCACCUCCUGGGUUCACGCCAUUCUCCUGCCUCAGCCUCCUGAGUAGCUGGGACUACAGGCGCCCGCCACCAUGCCUGGCUUUUUUUUUUUUUUUUGUAUUUUUAGUAGAGACAGGGUUUCACCAUGUUAGCCAGGAUGGUCUCGAUCUCUUGACCUCAUGAUCCACCCACCUCGGUCUCCCAGAGUGCUGGGAUUACAGGUGUGAGCCACCGCACCUGGCCUAUAGAAUUCUUAAUGAUGAAAAUCUUAUGAACAAAUCAAUCUCCUAGGAAGUUUUUGUUGUUGUUUUAGGUUUUUAGAGCGUACAUGACGUAUUACCUUGCUCUAAAGGGGUGUUGCAUUCUGUAUAGAAGAACUAAAAAAUGAUUGUUCCUUAUGACUGAAAUUUGCUUUCAAUCAGAAUUUUUUUAUUUUUAUUUAUUUAUUUUUUUGAUACUGAAUCUCGCUCUGUCGCCCAGGCUAGAGUGCAGUGGUGCAAGCUCGGCUCACUGCAACCUCCGCCUCCUGGGUUCAAGUGAUUCUCCUGCCUCAGCCUCCCGAGUAGCUGGGAUUACACACAUGCCUGGCUAAUUUUUGUAUUUUUAGUAGAGACGAGAUUUCACCACGUUGGCCAGGCUGGUUUCGAACUCCUGACCUCAAGUGACCCACCUACCUCCCCGCUCCCAAAGUAAUGGGAUUACAGGCAGGAGCCACCACACCUGGCCACAAUCAGUUUUUUACAAAGGGAGAAGCUUUAUUGUGAAUAUGACUUUAAGGUACCAUUUAUUAUUGAGGACAAUACUGAGUGAUUAAAAGUUCAAUGCGAAGUUCCUUAUGAUGAGACUUUAUUACAAAAUUAAACCAUCAAUUAAUUUGUAAUUUUUUGAGUAUAGAAAUUGAAAGAAGAGGGCCGGGCAAGGUGACUCAUGCCUGUAAUCCCAGUACUUUGGGAGGCCAAGGUGGACAGAUCACGAGCUCAGGAGAUCAAGACCAUCCCGGCCAACAUGGUGAAACCCCAUCUCUACUAAAAUACAAAAAAUUAGCCGGGCGUGGUGGUGUGCACCUAUAGUCCCAGCUACUCGGGAGGCUGAGGCAGGAGAAUCACUUGAACUCUGGAGGUGGAGGUUGCAGACAGCCAAGAUCACACUACUGCACUCCAGCCUGGUGACAGAGCAAGACUCUGUCUCAAAAAAAAGAGAAAGAAAUUGAAAGAGGUUAUUGUCAAGCUGGGCUCAAGUGAAUAUAGCACUGAUAGUAAACAGCACUGAUAGAAUUUCUGUGAAUGUUAGCUAUGAAAGCAGAGUUGUUUGAGCAUAGGAACCAACACAUUCAUUUAGCACUUAGCAAAUAUUUAUUGAGCACAUACUAUGUGCCAGGCCCUGUGCUGAACAAAUGCAGAUAAAAGCACUGAACAAGACACAUCUUUUACCCUCAAAAGGUCACAAAAGGAAACUAAGGCAAAUUAAGCAACAACAAAAAAAAUGGAUUGUUUAUGUUUGUAUUUACUGUACUGUCUAAUGAAAUGUUUUUGUUUUAU